AUGCUUGGCACACCGUACCGCUACCCCUUCCUUUCCUUCACAGAUGCCGGGUGCUCCCAGCCCAUCACCACCACCGUGGACCCUUCAUGUGUAGCGCAACCUCCCUCUAGUCACAAUCAAGCAGCGCGUGGUAACCAUCUUGCCCGCUGCAAGGACCCACGAGCCAACCACGAUGUUUCUCUGAUGGUCGGCAUGCCGUGGCCAUACCUUGCCGCUAUCAACUCCCCACCUCGCCUCGGCCCUCUUUCGCCAGUGGCCAAACUGCUGGCAAUGCAGGUCCCCAAAGUGCCACGGUAG